ACUGGUUCUAACCGACUGACAGUAGAAGACCUGGAAACUUAAAUUUUACUUAGAAGAAGAUUAUAAAACAGCAUUUUAAGUCACGUCAGAGUGGAGAUACCCUUGGACAGUUUUUUUUUUUAUCCUCUUUGAAUGAUGGGGAAUAUAAGAUGCGUUUCAUUCGCAUGGAUAAAAUGGCGACUAUUUUCCGGGCUGCAAUGGCAAAUUGGACUGCUUGUUUUUCUGCUUCACUUGAUCUAUAUAGUAGAAGGACAGAUUCGUUAUUCUGUACCGGAGGAAAUGAAGAAGGGCUCUGUCAUCGGUAAUGUUGCACAAGAUCUUGGUUUGGAUGUGAAAAGGCUCCGAUCUGGACACGCCCGUAUUGUGACCGGAGAAAACGUCCAAUACGCCGAGCUGAAUGCAGACAAAGGGAUCCUCCUUGUGAACGAAAGAAUAGACAGAGAACACCUGUGUGGGGAUGUAACGCCUUGCAGCUUCAGUUUUGAAUUAAUUUUGGAAAAGCCAAUGGAGCUGCAUAGAAUCACUGUGGAGGUUUUGGAUAUAAACGAUCACGCUCCUGUCUUUCCAAGCAAAGAUAAACCAAUCAGGUUUGAAGUAAGCGAAACAGCUGCCAUUGGAGUGCAGUUUCCGUUGCAGACCGCAGAGGAUUUAGAUGUAGGCCAAAAUGCGUUGAAAGAUUAUGUUUUAUCUCCAAACGACAAUUUUAUACUAAAGCAACAUGCAAAUCCAGAUGGAAGUAAAAAUGUUGAAAUGGUGCUGCAGAAGCCUUUAGACAGAGAACAGCGUCCCAGUCUGCAUUUUAAAUUAAUCGCAGUUGAUGGAGGGACACCGCAGAGAUCUGGAUCAGUAAAUAUAGAUGUGACAGUAUUAGACGCUAAUGACAAUAUUCCAGUAUUCAAUCAAUCGGUUUAUAAAGCAUCUGUGAUAGAAAACACCGUUAAAGGUACUAGUGUUAUCACUGUGAACGCCACAGACGCUGACAGUGGAUCAAAUGGACUCAUUACCUUUAGUUUGUCUAAAACAAAAGGAAGUGCUGCAGAUAUUUUUAUCAUUGAUAAUAGCGCGGGUACAAUUUAUGUUUCUGGCGACAUAGAUUUUGAGAAACAGAAAAAAUACGAGGUGCGAGUUGAGGCAAAAGAUCAGGGUGGCUUAAUCGGGACUAGUAAGGUUGUAGUUGACGUUGUUGAUAUUAAUGACAAUGCCCCAGUAAUAACUGUCAUGUCUUUUUCCAGUCCAUUGUUAGAGAAUGCCCCAACUGGUACAACAGUCGCUAUUUUAAACAUCAAAGACGCUGACUCUGACAAAAAUGGUCAACUUAAAUGCUCUGUAGAUGGAAAACUUCCUUUUAGAAUCGAAUCAUCUUUAACAAACUAUUAUAAUUUGGUCUUAGAUCAAGAGUUGGAUAGAGAAUCUGUUCCAGAUUAUAACAUAACAAUAAAAGCUACUGAUUUCGGAUCCCCCGCUCUGUCUAUUUCAACACAAUUGCAUCUUACAAUAUCGGAUGUUAAUGACAACGCUCCAUUGUUUCACAAAAGUAGCUAUUCUGCAUACAUCACGGAAAACAAUCCACCUGGUUAUUCCAUAUUUGCUGUCAGUGCGAGAGACUCUGACUGGAAACAAAACGCUCGAAUCUCUUAUUUGCUAGAGGACACCCAGAUCGUUGGUAAUCCAGUAUCUGCGUAUGUGUCUUUAAACGCUGAAACCGGAGUUCUUAGCGCAGCUCGCUCGUUUGAUUAUGAGCAAAUAAAAGAGUUUGAGCUUGUGGUUAAAGCACAGGAUGGAGGCUCUCCUCCACUUAGCAGCAACGUGACUGUUAAAAUCCUGAUCCAGGAUCAGAACGAUAACCCUCCUCAGGUUCUGUACCCAGUCCAGACUGGUGGCUCCGUGGUGGCCGAAAUGGUGCCUCGUUCAGCAGAUGUGGGCUACCUGGUGACUAAAGUGGUGGCUGUUGAUGUGGACUCUGGUCAGAACGCCUGGCUCUCCUAUAAACUGCAGAAAGCCACAGACAGGGCGCUGUUUGAAGUGGGCUUACAGAAUGGAGAAAUAAGAACUAUCCGUCAGGUGACUGAUAAAGAUGCUGUGAAACAGAGACUGACUGUUAUAGUGGAGGACAACGGGCAGCCCUCUCGUUCAGCUACAGUCAUUGUUAACGUGGCGGUGGCGGACAGCUUCCCUGAAGUGCUGUCGGAGUUCACUGACUUUCCACACGAUAAGGAGUACAAUGACAACCUGACUUUUUACUUAGUGUUGGCUCUGGCUGUGGUCUCCUUCCUCUUCAUCACGUGUUUAGUGGUUAUUAUAUCAGUGAAGAUCUACAGAUGGAGACAGUCCCGCAUCCUGUAUCACUCCAGCCUCCCUGUGAUUCCAUAUUAUCCUCCACGUUACUCAGACACUUUGGGAACAGGGACUCUGCCACAUGUGUACAACUACGAGGUGUGCAGGACGACUGACUCCAGAAAGAGUGACAAUAAGUUCGGAGGAGCUGGUAGUCAGAACGUGUUGAUAAUGGAUCCCAGUUCUACAGGGACGAUGCAGCGAAUACAGAGUGAGAAGAACAUCCUGGAUGAACCUGACUCUCCACUAGAGUUGCUGGAGUACUAA